AUGUCCAAGCUGCUGGAGGCGUGUCUGAGUAAUUUGUGGGUGCAGCGCUUCACCUUUGGCCUGAUGGGCCUGGACCUGCGGCAGGACCGGAGGACGCUCCGCUCCCCAGUCACUUACCUCGUCAUGAUGCUGGCCACCAGCUUCGAGCUGUGCACCGUCUGCGGUUUCAUCGUGCAGCAGCGGCACGACAUAGUGCUCUGCUCCGAGGCGCUGAUGCAUGGCAUCCAGAUGGUCUCCUCGCUGCUGAAGAUGAUCAUCUUUGUGUGCAAGGGCCGGGAGCUGGUGUCUCUGAUCGCCGCCAUCCAGGCGCCUUUUCUGCGAGCAAACAUCGAGGCAGCCGAGCUGCGAGUCUGGCGCGUGCAGAACCGUCGCGGCCAAAUCUUCUCGGCCAUCUACCUGCUGAUGUGUGCUGGCACCAGCAUCUCCUUCCUGGUCAUGCCCGUCGCAUCAACGGCUCUGAUUUACUACAAAUCCGGACAAUUUGUGCCCGUCAGCUCGUUCCGGGUCGCCUUACCCUACGACGUCACAAAUCCUGUAAUUUAUUUCCUUGACUGCUGUCUGAUGGUGCCGGUGCUGACAUUCUUCUGCUGCUCCACCACGGCCGUGGACACGCUCUAUGGCUGGUUCGUCUUCGGUCUGACGGCCCAUUAUCGCCGCCUCGAACUGGAGCUGCAGAGCGAACGUAUGCAGUCGUCAGCUGGGAGAGACCUGGAUCAUAGGCUGGAUCAGCUGUUCAGGGAACAUGCUCGACUGCUGGAGUUGGUGGCUCGAUUUGAGACGGGCCUCCGGGACAUUGCCUGUGUGGAGGUGCUGCUGAUCUGUGUGCUCUACUGCUCGGUGAUCUGCCAGUACAUAAUGCCGCACACGAAUCAGAACAUCGCCUUUCUCGGCUUCUUCUCGCUGGUGGUCAGCUCGCAGCUAUGUAUUUAUGGCUUCGGCGCUGAGCAGGUGCGUCAAGAGGGCCAGCAGUUCGCCUAUCAGCUCUACCAGCUGCUGCCUUGGCACGAGUGGUCGCCGCAUCAGCGUCGGCUCCUGCUGCUGCCGCUGCAGCGUGCCCAGAAGGAGACCAAACUGGCCGCCUACUUCUUCAUGCUGGGCAGACCUCUGUUGGUGUGGAUCUUUCGCACAGCCGGCUCCUUUACCACGCUACUCAAUACGCUUCGUGCCAAAGACUAA